UUGAGCAUCAACAUGCCUGAACCCGCAAAAUCCGCGCCCAAGAAGGGCUCCAAGAAAGCCGUGAGCAAGACCGCCGGCAAGGGCGGCAAGAAGCGCAGAAAGACCAGGAAGGAGAGCUACGCCAUCUACGUGUACAAGGUGCUCAAGCAGGUGCACCCCGACACCGGCAUCUCGUCCAAGGCCAUGGGCAUUAUGAACUCGUUUGUCAACGACAUCUUUGAGCGCAUCGCCGGCGAGGCGUCCCGCCUGGCUCACUACAACAAGCGCUCCACCAUCACCUCCAGGGAGAUCCAGACUGCCGUCCGUCUGCUGCUGCCCGGAGAGCUGGCCAAGCACGCCGUGUCCGAGGGCACCAAGGCCGUCACCAAGUACACCAGCUCCAAGUGAACACCAGUUAUUCUAGCU